AUGUAUAACAUCAAUGUUAAAUGCUUAACUGGGCUUGCCCUUACUCUACCUCUUGUAUUUGGUUUAGCGGCGGAGAAGAGAGACUUUGAUGUCUUCGACUACAUCAAUCCGUUAAUUGGGACUGUCAAUGGAGGUAAAAAACCUACUGCAUCCUUUCCUAUGGCAAGAUUCACCAAGUCUAAUAGCAGAAUAGGUCACGUGUUUCCUGGUGCAACACUGCCAUUUGGCAUGGCAAAGGCAGUGGCUGAUGUAGAUAAUCCUGAUGAAAAACAAGGAGGGUUUGCAUCGGACGACAGCAAUAUCACCGGUUUCUCUCACAUGCAUGAUGAUGGAACAGGAGGAGCGGGAUGCCCUGGAGAUAAUGUUACCAGCUGCCACUUCGCUUCAAAUGACCGUGCUACUAAACGGUUGAAUGGCAGCGUUAAAGCUAAGCCAGGAUACUUCUCAAUCAGCUUGGAUACUUUGAUCAACACUGAGAUGACAGUCACGAACCACACAGCUUUGUACCGAAUAACAUUCCCUUCCAACAGCACUGAUGCAUCUAAAAACGACUCAUACAGUCCUCUGAUUCUCGUGGACUUGAUAGACCUACCACAGUCAAUAACUAAUGGUAGCAUUGCAGUUGAUCCGAAAACUGGAAGAAUUUCAGGAACUGGUACAUUCGGCCCUUCAUUUGGCGUAGGGACAUAUAAUCUCAACUUCUGUGCCGAUUUCUCCGGAGCUGAAGUCAGACAGACCGGUAUCUUUCAAAACAAUUUACCUAGCCCUGGAACCAACAAUCUCACAAAGGCACAAGCUCCAGCAGGAGCUUGGACGCAGUUUAAAGCACCCAGCAACCAUCAAAUUCUCACUCGAGUGGGCGUGUCUUUUAUAAGUGUAGCUCAAGCUUGCCACAAUGCUGAAACCGAAAUUCCACAUUUUGGGUUUGAGAAAGUUUGGAAAUCGGCUGAGGAUGCGUGGAGAACGAAACUUUCGGUAGUGGAAGUUGAUGAAACAGGAGUCGAUGAUGAUUUGCAGACUGUUUUCUGGUCGGGAAUCUACAGAUCGAUGAUCUCGCCGCAGGAUUACACCGGAGAAAAUUACCUGUGGGACUCCGACGAACCGUACUACGAUUCGUAUUACUGUAUUUGGGAUUCCUUCAGGAGUAUUCAUCCGUUGCUUACUUUGCUCGAUCCUGAAAGUCAGACCCUGAUGGUUAGGAGUCUGAUUGAUAUUUAUAGACAUGAAGGCAAACUCCCUGAUUGCCGAAUGUCUCUCUGCAAGGGAUUUACUCAAGGUGGCUCGAAUGCAGAUAUCGUCCUGGCAGAUUCUUACUUGAAAGGCAUCACGGCUGGCGUGGACUGGGAAACGGCAUACGAAGCUCUGAUUUCAGACGCUGAAGAUGAGCCUGCAGACUGGUCAAUCGAAGGCCGCGGCGGUCUUCGAAGCUGGAAAUCUUUGGGCUACAUCCCCAUCCACGACAACGACCCCGAUGGCACUGGACUGAUGACACGUUCAGUCUCCCGGACAGUCGAGUACGCCUAUGAUGAUUUCUGCAUCGCGCAAGUCGCGAAAGGCCUUGAUAAAUUCUCUGAUGUGGGAAAAUACCUCGAGCGGUCAAAUAACUGGAGACAUCUCUACAAGAGCGACCAAAAGUCCUUCGUAGCCGGAACCACAGGCCACGAAGGCCAAACCGUCGACACAGGAUACACGGGCUUCCUGCAGCCCAAAAACAUCAACGGAUCCUGGGCAUACCAAGACCCAUCCUUCUGCUCCCCACUCCUCAACUUCACCUCCUGCUACCUCAAUUCCAACGGCCACGAGACCUAUGAAGGCUCUGCCUGGAUGUACACCUUCUUCGUGCCCCAAGACAUGGCCUCCCUAAUCCGCACCCUGGGCGGCCCCGACCAAUUCUCCGCCCGCCUUUCCUACCUACACACGUCCGGCCUGCUGUACAUCGGUGACGAGCAAGCUUUCCUCCCCGUAUUCCAAUUCCAUUAUGCCGGCCGUCCAGGCCUCUCCGCAAAAUUCUCACACUUCUAUAUCCCGUCCCAGUUCAACAACACGAUCUCGGGUAUCGCAGGGAACGACGAUUCGGGCGCCAUGGGCUCCUUCACCACGCUUGCUAUGAUAGGUCUAUGGCCUGUGUCUGGACAAGACGUGUACCUGAUCACACCGCCAUAUUUCCCGGAAGUUAGCAUUAUAAGUGGACAGACAGGAAGAAAGGCGACGGUACGGAAUGUGAAUUUCGAUGCGGAGUAUGCGAAUAUCUAUAUCCAGAGCGCGACGUUGGAUGGGAGGCCGUAUGAGAAGAAUUGGAUCACGCAUGAUUUCUGGCUGAAUGGGGGAGUGUUGGAGUUAACGCUGGGGAAGAGCGAAAGUCGUUGGGGGACCAGGAGACAGGAUUUGCCGCCUAGUGGACUAAAAUAG